AUGGUAUAUGUCCACAGCGGCGAUCGUAAUCCCGUCAAAUGUCGCGCUUUAUUAGACACGGGCUCCACUGCAAAUUUUAUUUCUGAGUCGAUCAUAUCACGUUUAGGCAUACAAGCAGACGCACAUUCAUUGCCAAUUAGUGGAAUCAAUGCAACGAGUUCCGAAUCCAAGGGUUGGGUGCUCGCUGGUAGUACGACGUUGAACGACUCACCAAAAUCUUUCUUGUGCGGCCUAACGAGCCUCGAAAGCCAAAUAGCUAAAUUUUGGACGAUCGAAGAGAUAACAACUAUAAAACCAAAAUCCGAAGAAGAAAUUAAAUGCGAAGCACAUUUCGUGAAAAAUACUAUUAGAGAUAUAACCGGACGCUACGUGGUUCGUUUACCAUUCCGUGAAUCAAUUAAUCGCCUUGGUGAUUCACAAACGGUUGCGCUUAAACGCUUUUCAGCAUUGGAACGUAAAUUUCACGGAAAUGAGUCUAUGAAAAAUGAAUACACACGCGUAAUGGACGAAUAUAUAAGUUUAGGACACAUGUCGGUAGUAAAAAAUCCGGAUGAUGUCGGUUUCUACAUGCCCCACCAUGCAGUAGUUAAAGAGUCGAGCUGUACAACUAAACUUCGAGUAGUCGUCGACGCGUCUGCGAAAUCGAACAAUAAUACAUCUUUGAAUGAUCUUUUAAUGACAGGGCCCACGAUACAAGACACACUAUUUGCAUAUUUAAUUCGUUUCCGUAAGUACAGAUACGUUAUAACUGCUGACAUUGAGAAAAUGUACCGGCAAGUAUUAGUACACGAAGACGAUAGACGAUUUCAGAGAAUUCUUUGGCGUAAGGCAGGUAAAAUAGAAACAUUUCAAUUGAAUACGCUCACAUUCGGCGUUUCCUCUUCCCCAUUCCUGGCAAUUAGAACGAUACAAAAACUCGCAGAUGACGAAUGUUACAUCUAUCCUAGGGCAGCCGAAGUUCUGAAAAAUCAUUUAUAUGUCGAUGACUUGUUAUCGGGUGCCGAGACUCUCAAGGAGAUUCGGAAAAUUAGAGAUGAUAUAAUCGCUCUAUUGAAAAAGGGUGGUUUCGCUAUUAGACAGUGGGCAUCUAAUAACUCGCGCGCGAUCGAUGAUUUGUCAGAUAACGCAUUACAUGCCAAUUUCGUUUUAGACGGAGAUUACUCGUUAAAGACAUUAGGUAUUUCUUGGAGUACACGCGACGAUAAAAUAUGCUAUACGACACAACCGAUUAAAAUAACGGGUAUGGUGACUAAGCGGAAGAUUUUAUCAGAAAUCGCAAAGCUGUUCGAUCCAUUGGGAUUAUUAGGACCGGUGAUUUUACACGCUAACCGAUUGAUGCAAGAUGUGUGGCGAUGCGGAACACAUUGGGACGAAUCUGUUCCGCAAAGUCUACAUACAGAAUGGUCAGAAUUUGUUCAACAAUUGGAUUCGAUAC